GCCCUGAGAUCUGAGAGUGCGAAAGAAACACAGACACAAAGAUUUAGAAAAAAAAGAUGAAUAGCAAAUAUUAACAGCGAGAUUUUUACAUCUGUCACCUGUCGUGUGUCACUUUUUUUUCCCCGGGGAUUGAUGCAGAUGGAGAUGCAGAACUUUUAUCUCCACCUGGAUUUAAGAGUAGCAUUGUGACAGCUGUGUGACUGAUCAGAGAAAUAUCAAGUCUGUCAGAAGUGUUGAGACAAGCCACUCACCGGAGGAGAGAUGAUGAUGCAGGGCAGGCAAUUGGCCAUGGCUUUAACAUUAUUGCACCUGCUGCUAUGGCACGAAUCUUUGACGAUCGAAGUACCACAAGACCCAAAGAUCCUGGCAGACCUGAGACAGCCCCCCACUAUAACCAAGGAGUCGGUGAAGGACUAUAUUGUUGAUCCCAGAGAUAACAUCAUCAUCGAGUGUGAGGCCAAGGGUAACCCAGUGCCAAUGUUCACAUGGCGAAGGAAUGGGAAAUUUUUCAACAUUGGAAAAGAUCCACGUGUAACAAUGCGAAAACGUUCGGGAACCCUUGAAAUCGGUUUUCGUAAUGGAGGACGGCCAGAAGAUUAUGAAGGAGAAUACCAGUGUUUUGCUGGCAAUGAUCAUGGCUUGGCGAUGUCCAACAAAAUUCUACUCCGAGUCUCCAAGGCACCUCUGUGGCCCAAGGAGGUGCUAGAGCCAGUGGUGGUGACUGAAGGCUCCUCACUAGUUCUCCCCUGUAACCCACCUCCAGGCCUGCCUCCACCAUUUACUUUCUGGAUGAGCAGUUGGAUGAUUCCAAUCCGACAGGAUAAGCGAGUGUCCAAGGGUUUAAAUGGAGACUUGUACUUUUCCAAUGUCAUGGCCCAAGAUGCCCAGAAUGACUAUAGCUGCAAUGCUCGGUUCCUCUUCACUCACACAAUCCAGCAAAAGAACCCCUUCACUCUCCAAGUUCUUACCAACAAUAAUGACACCUCUGACAAUGACAGUGACCCAUAUGGUGGCCGUAAAAUAGCUGAGUCAACUCCAACCUUCCUCUCACCAUUGGGCAGUGAGAGUGCCAAAAUGGUGCUGAGAGAUGAGCAACUGUUGUUGGAGUGUAUUGCUGCAGGACUUCCCACACCGGAAGUCAAAUGGUUCAAGAAAGGCGGUGACCUUCCAGGACGGAAAGUGAAGUUUGAGAAUUACAACAAGACAAUAAAAAUUAGCAAUGUGUCAGAAGAGGAUGCUGGGGAAUAUGUAUGCAUGGCCAACAAUCAUUUAGGUAGCAUACGUCACUCCAUUUUUGUUCAAAUCAAAGCGGCUCCUUACUGGCUGGACAAACCAACAAAUCUGGUCCUAGCUCCAGAAGAGAAUGGGCGGCUUGUGUGUCGGGCAAACGGGAACCCUAAACCUAGCAUCCAAUGGCUGGUUAAUAGUCUACCUAUAAACAGCUCGCUCCCCGAUCCUAGUCGACAAAUGAUGGGUGACACCAUCAUUUUCCGCUCAGUGCAGAUGGGAAGCAGUGCAGUCUACCAGUGUAACGCCUCAAACCAGCAUGGGUAUCUGCUAGCCAAUGCCUUCGUCAGUGUCAUUGAUAUGCGCCCAAGGAUGCUUGGCCCAAAAAAUCAACUGAUAAAAGUAAUUGAGAACAACCGCACCUUUCUGGACUGUCCCUUCUUUGGUUCCCCUUUUCCAGAGUUACGAUGGUUUAGGAACGGUCAGGGCAGUGGCCUGGAUGGUGGUCACUAUCGUGCUUACAUUAACGGCACACUGGAGAUCAAACGAGCCAGAGCAGAGGACCAAGGCACCUACACCUGUGUGGCCAGCAGCAUUUUGGGCAUGGCCGAAAACCAGGUCCGCCUGGAGGUCAAAGAACCAAGUCGUAUUGUUCGGGCUCCAGAACACCACUCAGCCAUCAGAGGUUCCACAGUUCGUUUUGACUGUAAAGUGAAGUUUGAUCACAGCCUGCCUGUCACUGUGACUUGGACAAAGGAUGAUAACCCUAUCCAUCUCGGAUGGAGGUUGAGGAAAGAUGAGGAAUCACUGACCAUCCCUAACAUCAAUGAGGGCGAUGAGGGAAUUUACACAUGUACUGUUAAAACAGAGAUUGACCAGGACUCAGCCUCGGCCCGUCUCACUGUUUUAGAAGAAGCCUCCCUCAACUCCUCAGUUUCUAGUGCCUUGCCACCAGGCCGCCCAGAUCCUCCAAUGGAUCUAGAACUGUCAGAUCCAGCAGCCCGAAGCGUUUGCCUCACCUGGAUUCCUGGAGAUGACCACAGAAGCCCUGUGAAAGAAUUUUUGGUGCAGUUUGAGGAGGACCGCUGGGAGCCAGGUAGAUGGCAGGACCUGGCCACCUAUCCAGGGGACCUCAACUCUGUCAUUUUGCAGCUUGCUCCUUUUGUCAACUACCAGUUCAGAGUUAUCGCCAUUAAUGCAGUGGGCCAUAGCGAAGCAAGCCACCCCUCACCAAAAUAUCAUACAAGCAGCGCUGCUCCUGAUGUCAUACCCAGAGGCCUUCGAGGCUGGGGCUCAGAGAAAAACAACAUGGAGAUCACUUGGGAGCCCCUGCUCGAUCUGGAGAAAAAUGGUCCUAAUCUGCACUACUGUGUGUGGUGGAGACAGAAAGAUUCUGAUGGCGAGUGGAACAAUGUAACCAUAAUAGGAACCAAACAUGUUGUUCAGAACACAGAAACCUAUGUACCCUAUGAGAUCAAAAUCCAGGCCAGGAAUGAUCUUGGAGCAGGACCACAAUCUAAUGUGGUAAUUGGAUACUCAGGAGAAGACAAACCCACCAGUGCUCCUACUGAGCUGCGCGUUUCCAAGGUGGAUACUACCAAAGCAAACAUCCAAUGGAAGCCCGUCAACCAGAUCUCACUCCGGGGAGAAUUCAAGGAGUACAGACUGUACUACUGGCGUAAGUCCAGUCAUGUCCCUGGUUUGGUGUUUCGCAAGGAGAACAAGACCAAAGGUUUCUACACUACUGUGGCUGAGCCAUCUACCAUUCUUAGUGAACUUGUGCCCUUCUCGCAAUACAAGAUGUUUAUGGUUGUAGCCAACAAUCGUUACGAGGGUCCACCUAGCAAGACUGUUGAAUUCAGCACAAAAGAAGGAGUGCCAGAUGCUCCCAGUUUUUUCAGGAUCAAGCGAAGAGGUCUUGAUUCCAUUCACCUGGAAUGGGACAAACCUUUGGAGCCAAAUGGCCUCCUGAUUGGAUACAAGCUCAAAUACCAAAUAGCCAAUGGAUCCAGACAAGGUCAACCUCGUGUCGAGACUUUCCUUCCAAAUGUAACAGACUUCACACUCCGUCUUCCGGAUCGAUCAACCCGCUACAACUUCUAUCUGUCGGCACUCACGCAGAUGGGAGCAGGCGAGGUCGUUGCUGAGGAAUCCCCCUUCUUUGCCAAUGAAGUUGAGCUUACGGAUCUUUCUUGGGCUUCAGAUUUCACUGUUACUCCUCCUCCUCUUGCUCCUCUUCCUCCCAUUACUGCUGCUCCAACAGCCAUUAAUACCUCAACUUCUACCACGACCACUAUUACAAUGUCUGUGAAGACUACAACUUCUACUACCAUCGAAACAACUGAGGCAGGGCCAGCCACUCCACCUCCUGUCCUGGUCAUCAACAAGAAUAUUGAUAAGAAUGUAUUGGUGGUACCUGGGGAAGAGAUCUGGAAUGUGACGGUGGAGCACAACAGUAACUACAUUAACGUCGGCUGGAGACACAGCUUCCUGCCCAACAGCAGCGAGUUUGUGCUAGAGUUCACAUUGGACAGCAACAACACACUGAAAACUGUACCAGUGACACAACAACCCCCUAUUUCAGUAAAGGAUUUGAUUCCGGGUGCCAAGUACCAUCUGAGGGUUUACUCCCAUGAACACGGCAACGUCACCAGCAAAUCUGUCAUCUUUGAGACUAAAGCAGCCUACAUUGACCAGGUAGACAUUGCAACUCAAGGCUGGUUCAUCGGCUUGAUGUGUGCCAUUGCCCUCAUCAUACUGAUCCUUCUUAUUGUCUGCUUCAUCAAAAGGAGUCGUGGAGGCAAAUAUCCAGUCCGAGAUAAAAAAGAUCUUCCUUUGGAUGCUGUUGAUCACAAAGACCCAAAUGGAUCCUUUGAUUACCACAGUGAUGAGGACAACAAGCCUCUUCAAGGUAGCCAAACAUCACUGGAGGGCAAUGUGAAGGAGAGCGAUGACAGCCUGGUGGACUAUGGUGAAGGCGGCGAUGGCCAAUUUAAUGAGGAUGGAUCGUUCAUCGGUCAGUACACAGUGAAGAAGGACAAGGAUGAGACAGAAGGCAAUGAGAGCUCGGAGGCCACCUCACCAGUCAAUGCCAUCUACUCCUUGGCAUAGUGCUGCAUAACUUUUUAGACGCAUUUGCACGACCUGCUUUAGAGUGUUGUUGACACACACACACGGAUUAAGACUGCAUAUGAAAAUAUCAAAAUAAUUGGUCCUUUUUAGUGACUGUGUAGGCCUGCCUCCGCGGGUAAAGUGAGAUGAUACUGGACAGAAAUUUGAAUUCAUGCCUUUGUUUUAUGGAGAAGAAAUUUGGUCAAAGUGCUCAUUUCGCUUUGUGCUCAGCCUACCCUUUAUCUACACAGACUUCAGUGUGCCUUCGACGUAGCUUUCAGCCAUUUAAGGCAUCACAACCUACUUUGCAUAAUUUUGUUCCCAUUUAUUCAUCAAGAUUUUCAGUCUUUCUCUUUUGGUUUUAGACAGGGAUGUUCAGUCUAUAACCAACAAACUCACCAAGAUGCUAUCAGAUAUGUUUAUCAUAUUGAUAUGUACACAAAGAAAGAUUUGAGUUUUUCCUCAACUCGUAGAUGGCUCAUUAAAUCUUAAUGAAUACUGUACACAGCCCUGUCACACAAUUAAGUGCCCUGUACAUCUAUGCACUACCACCACCACUAUACCACUCCAUAUUCCUUAAUACACAUCUUUUGGUUCUCCUUGCAGGGUAUAUCACCCCAUUACAGUCACUCUGCCUUUUACAUAGUGGUAGAAAAGUUUUUUUUGUUUUUUUUUUACAUUGACUGCAAUGUUGUAGUGCAGAUGUUCAUUAUAGUCAUCACAAAAAAGCCCUAUCUGCUAAUUGCAGCUCUGACAGAGUAUGUUGGUUAUGCAUCACAUUUGUACAAAAACGACUUAUUUUUGAGCAUCUUAGUGGUUUAGUUAAAUUAAAAUUGGAGGGCAAUAGAGUUACCUUUGCUUGAGGAACACCACAACAUAAAUGAAUUCUAUUGUAAGCAUGCUGACUGAUUCUGUCACAUUUGUUUACUUAAUUAUUCUAAGGUGUACGUGAUUAUCUUUUCCCCACUUUUUACUAAUACUUUAUUUAACAUUUUUUUAACCAACACUGCAAUAUCUAUUUCACAUAGUAAUCUCAUAAUCACACAUGAUGAGGGUAUACAUAAAUACAAUGCAUUAUUAUAGCCUACUACUUUCUUAGAAUUAUUUUCUUAUUGGUGACAGCAGCAUAGUUACCCAUUUUGUUUUUGUAAAGAUCAACAGUGAUGAGAUCAUAUACAGGAAUGCAUGCAGUCUCGUUGUAGGGCAUGAAUGCAGAGUCAAAAUCUGAGCUCUGACGAUGUGUUUAGAUUUACAGGAUUAUUUAUUUUGUGUUUCAUAUCAAGCAAAAAUCUUUCACAUUGGUUCUUUAGUUUGCUACCACCGCUUUUCAUCUAAUAACAAAACAAUUUGACCAAAGAUUUGGCAUCAAUCAAGAUUUCUAGUACUGUAUACUGCAGUAUGUGGCUAGUAGUAUCCUCACCCAAUAUGAAUGAGGUUGUUCAUUUCUGACCCGGCCAAGUUGAAUAGAUGAAGUGGUGAGUUUGGAAAGACAGCUCAUUAAAGUACUAACAAUAUCAUACACAGAUCAAGGAAAAUGGGAAUGUUUUUUUUUCAUUAUUAUUAUUUUAAAGUAAUUGCAAAAACACAACAGUAUGUGUAGCAUUGUGAGGGUACAAUAAUGUUCUUGCUCAUCAUAAUUGCAGGACUGAAUGGGAACAUAAUGGCGCAAAUCUUAUUUCUGUAGUUUGGAGGACAGAAGUGUGUCAUUCUGUCCAAACAAUCUGAUGGCUACUUUCCAUAAAAUGUUAAUCUGUAAAAUAUUUGUUUUCAAUGAAACCCAUGUCUUAAACAGGUGAAUAAAGCUUUCGAUAUGCAUAGAACUAGAAGACAAAAAUACAUUCAUUUUCAGAGGAUAUAACAAGUUCUAAAGUCCGUACACUGGCUUCCAGUUAGUUUUAUAAUAUUAUAUUUUACAGUUAUGCUGCUGGUCUAUAAAUCACUUAAGGGUUUAAGUCCUGAAUACAUGAAAGAAAUGAUUACAGAAUACAAACCCAGUAGGGCUCUGAGACCAAAUGACUCAGGUCAAAUAGUGGAGCGUAGAUUCCAAAGCAAACAUGGUGAAGCAGCAUUUAGCUAUUAUGGUGCACACAAAUGGAAUAAAUUGCCAACAGACAUGACAUCAGCCCCAAGUGUGAGUGUUUUUAAAUCUAUACUAAAAACUCUUCUUAUUUCUCAUGCGUUUUAGACUUCCACUUCCACUUUUCAGUGAUAUUUCUUGCAAUAAUAGCUGUUUUAAUUGUACUUUUUCACAUGUUUUAUGUAUUUGAAUGCUUUUAAUCAUGUAAAGCAUCUUGAGUUACCUUGUGUAUGAAAUGCGCUAUUCAAAUAAAUUAGCUUUGCUUUGCUUUGCUUUGCUUUGCUUUGCUUCAUUUGACACAUGACGGAAAUGAAAAAACUGUCAAGGUCCUCUUGUCAGAAGAAAAACAAUUCAGUAAUUGGUGUACACAGUGUAUGUAGAUUGUUAAUCCCACUGCUACUUACUGAUUUGUCAUGUCUUUAUUCAACCUAGAAUGGUUGACAAUGUACAUUUAUUCGGCGCAAAUAAAUUUAGUAUUACAGAAUAGGGCUAAGUUCUAAAGAUUUAAUGUUUUCUUCAGAGAGCAACGCAAGUUAAUAUUUUAUAUCCAUUCAUUUUAUGAGCCACCAGGGUCACGGGAACCUUUUAUCACAUUACAUUUUUAUUUUGUACUUAUAUUAAUUGUUUUAUGUGACUACUAUUCAUUUAUACUAAUAAUAAUGUAAGCAUUGAUGUAAUAAUAUUAGUUAAAAGUUUUCAACUAAUUUGUUUCAUGUGAGAAAUAGCCUAAAUAAAUGUUUCCAUAAUGAGUUAUUGUGACACCAUAAACUCAGUAUGUGUUACACAUUUUUGUAGAAACUGGCUUUUCUUAAAGAACAAAUUAAUUUUGUUGUCAUACAUGAGAAAAUGGUCAUGUUUAUCAAGACAUUGUGUUGCUCUUCAUGUAUCCAUUUUGUAUUACUGUUGCUGUUGUUAUUCAGAUCUUUGUCCGUCCACACAAGAAAGAAAUCUUGGUGUUUAGUAUUUAUUUGGCAUAUAUUAUGUACAUUUGCAUCCACACCAAAACACUUGUAAAUAUUAAAAUGUUUGUCCCAAAUGCUUCUUCCAAACAAUACAAUAAGUCACGAAUUUGUACCUGCAAAGAAAAUGAAACAGGCAUUUAGUCGGUCAAGCAACGUUGCGAUGUACCUUUGAUUAACAUUUGCACUCAGAAAAAAAUAAUAGUAAUAAAAUAAAAUCACACUCCUGUUAGGAUUACCAAUUGCUUUGACAUUGUAAUGCACUGUCACAAAUACAUGAGUUUAACUUUUAUUGAUGGUUUUAAGUAAAUGUUGAAAAAAUAUACACAACUAAUGAAGCCGAAAGGAAAGGAAGAAUUUAAGUUCUUUAUUAUGUAAAUAUGAUAACAGAAGUUCGACUGACGCUCUGCCUUUGUAGCACAGAUUCAGUCUACAGGCCUGGAAAACUAACUUACCCUCCUUGUUCUUUUGUUGUCUACAUUAUUUUCAAUGGAAACAGAAGUCAAGUGUCUUUUAUCACUGUCUCCUCUUGAACCUUCAUAAAAGGUUUUUGUUUUUUUUUUACUUCAUUUCUAAAUGCUGUGAAGAAUAGAACAUUUGCUUGUUGGGUUGCUCUUUGGCUUUCAUACAAUCAUUCAAUGGGCAUCUUUUUUAUGUUUGUCUUUUGACGUGUACUUAACAGCUUUUGUCAGAAACAUCUACCCAAUAAAAAAAGUCAAAUAUGUAUUCAUUCAUUCAUUCAUUCAUUUAUUCAUUCAUUCACAUCAUGGUGCGAUGUUACAAAUUCUGCUAGCGAAGCCUUCUUUACAAUAAAGCAAUUUUCUUUUCUCUA